AUGGAUUCCGAUGAAAUAACAGACACCCCGGCUCCAUCAAGCCCGGCCAAGCAGCCGCUCAUUCGCCGCGAACUACAUGAAAGACUAUCGAUUAACCUCUUCGAUCGCGUUGAGCUCUCCGUCAUCACUGGCGCAAUAUCAGGCUUUCUGAUUGGCACCAUCAAGGGCAGCCAAGAUGCUGGAUUUCGCUUUCGUGCCGAAAAUGCUCACCGCCUGCCUACAUCUCAAAGAGGUUGGUUCCUGUAUCACAAGAGCAAGAACUACAAUAUGAUGCUCGGCGGUGUCGUGGAAGGCUUUAAGCAGGCGCGCAAAUAUGCUCUCUGGACAACACUCUUUUUCGUAUUGGAGGAAGGCAUCGAUCGGGGCCAGAGCCAACGAGACGCGUUAUCGAGCGCCUUCGCUGGACUCGGCUCUGCAGGUAUCUUCAGCGUCUACAACAGAUUUCCGCUACCUACGAUGUCGCGCACUAUGAAGAUGGGUGCCAAAGCCGGAUUUGCAUUCGGUCUUUUCCAGGACGGCCUGAGCCUACUCAAAGGCAGACGCAUUGGCUACAUUGAAGCGAUCAGAUAUCAUAUCCUUGGUCUGCGAGAUUCAGAGGCGAAGGAGGAUCCGCCUGCGUGA